AAAAGAAGAAGAAGAAGAAGGGAGUUCUUCCCUCUGGGCUUUCUUUUAGCCUGCCCUCCCUUCCACACCAGAGUACUCACACACAUCCCUACUCACACACACACUCACACUCACCCCUACUCACACACCACAGUGUCUGCGUUCGGCUCUCCCUUUCCACUCUGCCUCCAUCUCCCUUCCAGGAUGCACAGACGACUGCUCUCUCUCUGGGUGACCGGGGCGCUGCUGCUACCCUUGUGCUGGGCAAACAAAGAGGACUAUGAGGAGGAAUAUGAUGACUAUUCUACACAAACACCAGACUAUGACUACACCGCCACCUUCGAUUACACCUAUUUCAGUAACACCACCGGCCAUGAGGACUAUAGUUUGUUUGUAAUUCUAGAAGACAAGAAGAAUGUGGAGGAGAAGGAUCUUGAGAAUAAGGCUUUAGCAAUUGGCUCCCCAUGCCCAGUGCUACUCCUCGGAUUGGCCGCUCACCAACUCCAUCGAUUACUGUGAAUGAGACCGAGCACUGCAGAACAUACACAGAUAUACAGGACCCUGAACUGAGGAGAAAGUUACCCAAUAUUCUGGAAUUGGACUGAGGAGAAAGUUGACCCAAUAUUCUGGAAUUUGACCUUUUUAAGAAUCAAAUGGACAGAGCAUGAGAUUCUCCACCACUGACUUUCUAUACUAUAGUUGGAAAAACUCAUGGUGAAUCCUGAAUCCUAACUUGUGAAAGAAGCCCACAACUUGAAUUCAUAAAUAUCUCCCAUAAUAAUACUUCCGUUGUAUGCACGUCUCAAGUUGUAAGAUGUGUCCCUUAGAGUAAUAAUAGCACAAAGCCAAUAUACCCCACGUAUUCCAUCUUGUUUUGACUUUAUACAAACUAAAUAUGGAUAUUAUACAUGCUGUUUAUCUUUUAAUACAUAUUUUCCAAGUAUGUUUUGUUUCUGUUCGAUAUUCUGUUAUGAAAAUAUAAUGCUUUCUACAACCAUG